GAUCUCCAGUGCGGCAUAAGUCCCAGGCUAAGGCUGAGGAUGAGGCUGUGCUAAGGGAAUUCCAAGAGGCUGGAAAGAAUCUUCCUAUGCCGCUCAGACUGCCCUCAAAUUCGCAACCCUACCGCCUUGGCCCACGGAGUCAACGUGGACCACCAUGCCCAGCCUGCAGGGAAUACUCAGUUCAUGACGCCGGGCUGCCUUCAGCCCCAGGAAGAUGCUCACAUGGACAACUAAGGAUCCGUUAGAAGCAUGGUUGGGUCGAGACCAUCACCAUGAUAACUGAAAAAAAGGGAGGAAAUGUUUAACUCAUCACAGAGAGUGAAUAUCAAUCAAAGACACUGGGCACAGGAGUGACCCAGGGUGAGGAUAUAGAAGUUUUCUUUUUAAAAAACUGUUAUCAAACAGAAUCAGAGAAAGUUCAACUUCCCUGAGCAACACACAGACCUGCUUUGGCCGCACUUCACUGCUUAUGGCCCAAGGCCAUGAAGAGGCCAAUAAAGGCCAGCGCUCAGGAACUGCAGCCCAGACCCUGGGCUUUUCCUAGCGCCCAGCCAUGAAGCUCCUUUUCCCCCUCUUCGCCAGCCUCGUGCUUCAGUAUCAGGUGGAAUCAGAAUUUAUGGUGGUGAAAAAGUGUUUAAUGGGCUUUGGGAAAUGCAAAGACAGCUGCCUCCCUGAGGAAACCCAGGUACAGAAUUGCAAAUCCAAAAAGUGCUGCAUGGGCCCCAAAGUGACAGAACUCAUUAAAAGCUACCUUCGACACGAAAUACCCCACAUACCCGAUGACGACAUCGUGGAGAUGAUGAAGAUGAGCGAGAAUCUCACAGAGGAGAUGCAAAGACAGCAAGCCUUAGUGGCAUUCUCCCAGAGCCAAGUUGCCAAGAGCCUUUUGUCCAACAUCAACUCUGCUAUCAUCCCAAAUGCUUUCCCUGUGACCAAGAGGACCAGGAGACACUACAUGGGCAAUACUGCUUCCACCGAGAGGCACACCAAACAAAGCAGGGAUUCUGCCAAUGCUGCCCCACUCCAGCCCCGACCUGGACCACCGUAGACAUGGUCCUCACCCCCAUGGCAGUGUGGAAACAGAUUAGUGGGGAGCGGGUCUUUCUCCUGGGGUGUCAGGCUCCUCUCUACCUCCACAGGCAUUAAAAUAACUAUUCUAUAACCAGAAAAUACAAUAAAUACCAUUGACACUUCCA